AUGUUCUCUAUCUCCAGCACGCCGGCGAAACAGUCCGCUGGCGAAACCAUCACUGUCCUCAGUGGCCGACUUGCUUCCGCAACUCUCCUCGAAGAUCGGCGCGCUGCGGUUCUAGGCUUGCGAAGCUUCGCGAAGGACUUCCCAGCAUCGGUAGCUUCUGGAGCGUUGAGGAGCCUGAUUGGUAGCCUGUCCAAAGACUCCGAAGAUGUCGACACAAUCAAAAUUGUUCUGGAAACUUUGCUGAUGCUGUUCAACCCAAACAAGGAAAGCCCCGAAGCAUCAGACGAAAUCGCAUUAUGGCUGGCCGACGAAUUCACCCAAAGGCAGGAGAACAUUACGCUUGUGCUGGACUUCCUAGACGCUCCUGAUUUCUACUCACGGCUAUACUCUUUGCAACUUCUGAGCUCAAUCCUUAUAGCACGAACUCAGCGGACGGAAGAAUGUGUCCUCUCUGCGCCAUUGGGCAUCAAUCGACUCGCGGGCGUUCUUGACGACCAACGAGAGGCGAUUCGCAAUGAAGGUGUCAACCUGCUGAUAUUACUAACGUCUAGCUCAAUUGAAAUACAGAAACUCGUUGCCUUUCAAAAUGCCUUUGAUAAACUAUUUGCCAUUAUUGCUGCCGAUGGCUCGCUCUCUGAGGGUGGGAGGACCGUGGAGGACUGUUUGAUACUCCUGGCCAACCUAUUGAGGGGCAAUUUGGCCAACCAGUCUCUAUUCCGAGAGUCUGGUUGCAUAGGCAAGCUCACAGAGAUGCUUAAGGGACUGCUCGAAGAUCAGAAACAGGAAGACAGCAUUGCCAAGUGGGCACAGAUCCAGCACAAUCGCAACAUCUACGCAUUCAUCUCCAUCAUCCGUUUAUUCCUAUCUGCAAGCUCCGCUGAGACGCAUCAGAACCAAGCUACCUUCUGGAGACAUGGGCUCAGCUAUCUUGUCUUGCAGCUCGCAUUCGAUGCCGACGUUCAAAUCCAAAUCAAAGCUGAGGCUUUGGCCACAUGUGGCGAUUUGAUCCGUAACAACAUGACCAUCCAGGAAGGAUUCGCCUCACUCAUGGUUCCUCCCCCCCUGGAAUCUGCCGCUGGAGCUACAAGUGCACCCAACGGCCAAUCUAAGAUCUACAUCAUUGAUGGUUUACUGGACCUGACACUAAACGUGCACGAUCUUUCCGCAUUUGACUUGCGAUUCGCUGCUUGCCAAUGCUUAAAGGCCUAUUUUUCCAACCACCCCGAAGUGAAAUCUCACUUUUUAGGCAGAGCCAUAGAAGGCUACCAGUCUGGCCGUGACGAAUCAGCCAACAUCCUGAGUGUUUUGCUGAGGUUACCGGGGGAUGUAUUUUUGAGCGAUCCAUAUCGUGUGUGGUUUGCCUCUGUUAUCGCAUUCCAUUUGCUCUAUGACAAUCCUGCGGCCAAGGGAGUGGCAAAGGGUUUGACCGAAGGAGAUGCCUCCAAGGGCGAAGAAGUAGUGACCAGCAUACAAACGAUCACGGCGCAUCUUCUCAUGCGGAUACGUCGAGAUGAUGACACCCGCAUAUUAGUGGGAUAUCUAAUGUUACUUCUUGGUUGGCUAUUUGAGGACCUUGACGCCGUCAACGACUUUCUGGCCGAGGGCAGCAACGUCCAAGGUCUUAUACAGGUAAUCUCACAGCCAGUUCGCAUCGCGGGAGAAGUCGUACAAGGUCUAUGUGCCAUGUUGUUGGGCGUCGUCUAUGAGUUCUCAACGAAAGAUUCACCCAUACCACGAGCAACUUUACACUCUAUUUUGGAGUCGCGGCUUGACAAAGACGGUUACUUGAAUCGGCUGGCAAAACUUCGAAACCAUCCCUUGCUCCGAGAAUUCGAAGUUACGCCACAAAAACUCAUCUCCUCCCUCGAUGGUGAAGAGAUCAACGUAUUUUUUGAUGAUGUUUUUGUCGAUUUUUUCAAGGAUAACUACAGUCGUGCAAUCCGUGCCAUUGAUAAGGUGCCCGAUAUGGAAGUCUCGGUUAUUACGAAUGGUACGGAGCAGGGUAUUUCAAGGCAGCUUGUGGACUCUCUGCGGAAUCAGAUAGACGAAAAAGACCACGCAAUUCAAGAAGCCAACAAAGUCAAUAAGUCUCUGGAAGGGGCCGUUAAAGAGGCGCAGGAAGCGAAUCGCCGUGCAAACGAAGAUGCCGAGGCCACAGCGGCGAAGUUGACGACAGAAAUGCGCAAACUGCAAGGCCAACAUGCUGCGAAAAUCUCGGAGUAUGAGCAAAGAGCUGCUCAAAUGCAACAGCAGCUCAAUGCGAAAGACUUGCAGCUUCAAACCCAACUUGCUGCUAAAGAUCAGUAUCUACAAACUCAGCUCAAUGGCAAAGAUCAGCAGCUCCAGAACCAGCUAAACCAGGCUAAAAAAGCGCACGAAGUAGAAGCAGAACGUGCGAGACAGCGAGCGGAAGCUGAAAUCGCAGAUUUGCGGGCGACUGUUAGCAGGCUUGAGGUUGACGUGAUGAAGGCCAAUAAGAGCAAGACUCUUGAACUUCAGGCGCUUCGCGCUGAGCAUGCCGAUCUAUUAAAAGAGCAUACCGCGCAACUAAAGGAGGCCAACGAGAAAACGGAAGUGAAGGAAAAAGAGCUAAAGAAUACGAAAGAAGAGGCUGAGCGGCUACGAGAACAAGUUGAGGAGCGGCGGAAAGAAGCCGAGAAACGACAAGAUGAAUAUGAGAAGUUACAGGACGAAGUCGAGAAGCUACAGGAGGAAGCCAAGAAGCUACGAGAAGAAGCUGAAAAGGCACAACAAGAAACUGAGAAGCUACAGCAGGAAGCUGCAAAGACAAAGCAAGCUGUGGCAGAUGCAGAUAAAGCCAGGGACGCGGUUCAGUCUGAACUAGACGAUCUUCUCAUGGUGUUUGGUGAUCUAGAGGAGAAGCUAGGAAAAUACAAGACUCGCUUGAAAGGGCUUGGUCAGGAGGUAUCCGACGGUGAAGAUGAUGACGGGGACGAUGGCGAGGAAGAAAGCGAUGCUGAGGAGGAUGGAAACGACGUCGACUGA